CUUUCACAGUAAAUGAAAAAAUCAAUGUGUUGUUUUUGGUUUAGAAUGAUACUUUUAUACUGAAAAUAGUUUUUUGUGUAAAGUGAAGCAUUAAUUUACAAAAAUUAACAUGGCUCGCCGGACUUCAGUUGGUUCAUAUACUGAAUUACAAUCAGUACAUAAAUUGGAUGAAGAGAGUCAACUACCGGACUAUUGCCGAUUAUGCUUGGCAGAAAAUGUACAGAUGGUUACACCAAAGGAUAAUAAGGCGUUUACUCACCUUACUGGAAAAAUCAAAGAUUGUUUACAGCUGGCCAUAAGCGUUGAGGAUCUCUCUCAUUCUUUGAUAUGCAAAAAAUGCUACGAAUCUUUAGAACAGUACAAUCAGUUUCGUUUGCGUUGCACGCGAUAUGCAACGUAUCUGAGUAUGCGAAAAUCAUUACAUCCAGAUCGAAAACAAUUGUUACGAUACGGUGAUAACUGGUACUGGUAUUCGUGUAUGGGCAAGAAUUUGCACUCCGUCAUCUGGGGUUGCAGUGUAGUUUGCUGUCCAGCAUACAUCGUUUCAUAUCCCUCUGGAAAGGUGUGUACAAAAAAUGCCAAUCAUUUACACAAGCAGAGAAUGGAAGAGGUGAAAUCGGUUUACUCUAAUGGGGAAUUUGUCUACGAUGGAUAUAGAUUUAGUUUCGAUCUAAUCACUCAUAAUAGAUCACUUAUGUUUGAAUGUAAAAGUCUAAAUGACCCAAAGAAGAAAUGCAAAGCUAUUUUGAUAACAAAUGAUAGAAGCGAAGUAUUAUCAAUGGGAGAGCAUAGUCACGCCAGAGAAACUAUAAUAGAAUCUGCGGUCAAAGAUUGCGACACGGGGUACAAACAAGCGGUUACCUUGAUUCGCGGUCCAUUGCGUGAGUUAGUUCUCUGUCAAGGAUUUUGGUAUGAAACUGUAUCUAGACAAAGCAGUGAGUCAUACUGGAACUGUAUCCGUCCUAGUUGUUUGGGUGCGAUGACCAUGACAAAUGGAGUGGUCGAAUUUCAUGGUAGCCAUUUUCAUCAACCGGUAUGGCUGAAAUGGGGUUUCCAAGUGCAAAAGAAUACCGAACCUAGAAGCCCUGUGCUGAUGAAAAUAAUAAAUCCUCCAUCUGUCCCGAAAACGCAUCAUAAACUAGUCACAAUUCCAGUUGGUCCUACAAUACAACAACAUACAUUGAAAAAUGAUUCCGCUUUUUCGAAACAACAUGCAACACAAACUAAUAGUUCCAUACAACGAGCAUCAUCAUCGAUGCCAACUGACCAAGAGUUCAAAAUUGAAAAAACUAGACGUGUUAGUCCGAAUUCCAGUAAGUUGGUAGAUUCAGUAUGCAUUAGUGAGCAACCGGUCACAUUUUCGAACAGUGCAUUUGGCACACAUAAAAGAAUUUCAGACAGUGCAUCGACGACGACAAGUGAUUUAUCCAUUCCUAAAAUAAUACCUUCAUCAGACAGUACCGUUGAAAGUCAAUCAAAAGUCAAGGUAGAAACUAUACAACAAAAACCGUUAUCUAGGGGAAAACUCAAUGUCCGGCAGAAUCAUUUCAUAAAACCUAUUCCUUUUAAAUCUCACCGUCAACUUCAACCAACUCCAACACCAGUCGGAAUACCCAAAAUAUUACAUGUCAUGUCUCUCAACAAAGAUGCUUCAAACCGCAUACGAAGACCGCUGCCACCUGUGACCGUUCCACAGCCAUUGGUUCAAUCGACAAUAAAGACAGAGAAUGAAUACGACACAGCAGACGAAGAGGAAGAACCAGAAACUAUUACGGAUGAGAUCUUACCAACAUUUUGCCAGACGGUUGUCAAUGAUAAGUCUGAGGAGCAAUCAUUGGACGUACCAAGGCCCAUGAUGCUGGUCGCUUCUGGUUCUAUUACCAAGGAUAACACAUUGAAAGUAACUGCGCUUGAUUCCACAUUCGAUGGAAACAUUUCGCGUGUCCCAUCCUUGAAUGUACCGAACAAUCAGGAAAAUAAUUCUGGUACAACAGAGAAUACUCUUUCAACUGAACAAGAAGAGGAUAGUCUUCGGGAUCUUCAAGAUGAUGAUGAAGUUCCUCCGAUUAUUCCCAUUGAUGUGAAUCGUCCUGGUUCAACAGGCAAACAAGUCGCCACUCCUCGAACAGUUACGCCGCAAUCAGUUGUUUCGGAGGUAUCUAAGAGUACUUUUAAGAGUGAACCGUCUCCGGUGCAUACUUACAACGUAGAUCGUUUCAAAAGAAUCGUGUCUCCUUUGAAAAAUAGGUCCUUUUCAACGCUACCACAAAAAAGAUUUGGCAGUGAAAUACAGUUCCAUGGAACAACGAUCAAGAAAUUGAAAACCUCAACUAAAUCUUCCGGUGCGAAAGAGCGCACAGUGAUUGAUAUAUACGAGACUAUUGAAUUAGGUGAGCACAAUGGUAACGACGAUUCCGUUAUGGAAGAUCCGAUUGCUGUUCCCACCGAACCACAUGAAUUGAUUGGAGUAAGACGCGAUAGUAAUAAUCAAGAACAAGAUUCUAUGUCUGAAAAUGACGUUCAAUCAGGAAAUAUUCAACCAGCAACUAACCCUGGCGAAGAUGAUAAUAAUCUCGACGAUAAUAGUUCUUGUCCGAUUUUGGAGGACGCACAUCGAAGCACGUCUCAACCAGGUGUUGCUGUUCCAACGGAACAGUUGAAACCGCUUAUGACAAAAGAAACCACUAACACAGAGAAGAAACUUAGCGAUGUGAAAAAGACAAUCAGAACUGUGCAACUGGUUAAGCUCCAAAAAUCCGAACAGAUGCUCAAUUUCGAAGGACAUUUGUAUAAAAUUAAGUGGUGUCACCAACGUAGUAACUUUUGGGACUGCAUGCUGAGAGAACAGGUUCAGUGUCCAGCUAUCUUGGAAACCAAAGGAAAUGAUUCGCAAUCGUGGACCAAGUAUGGGUUACACAAUCACAAGGUACCCAAACCAGUCGCCAAUGAGGAAAAUGCUGGUAGAUAUCAGAUGCUCAGUGCGACCAAAGGAAUCAUGAACGUGAAACUACCUGUUCUACAGACGGUUAAAAUAGAAGAUAUCAAAGAGCAGGAAGGACAAAUGAUGUACCUAAGGAAACGAAAACUGUUUAAAUACAAAAUCGGGUUGGAAAAUUCGAAACCAAAGUUGUAUUUCAUCGAUUACGUCUAUGAUAUAAAAGAACCAGGCAGCCCUGGAUUCAGGUGGCAAUGUGUCACAUGCAGUAGCAUAUUGGAUACUGAUGAGAAGUUCAGUAUCGCUAAAGAAGUGGCAGAAAACCACAAUCACGAACCAGUGCAAACUGUCGUUGAUUUGAUCAAGAAUGAUGUAGAUGGGUCGAAGGUAUCACCUAAGGAUACAAUUCAUACGUCACCACUAACAAAGUCAAUUGAAGUAACCGAACAACCUAAAAAAGUUGGUUUAACAACACCAAAUGCCCAACAAUCUAAAGAUGGACAUUCUGAAGAUGACGGAGUCGAAGAUUUAUUCGCAAACGCUCCAGGGAAUUAUUCAGUACAGCCCGACAAAGCAGAGGAGCAAUCAGACGAUGAUGAAGUUGUGUUAGAUUCAUUGAGUGGACAAUUUAUGUCAAAGAUGGAUAUGAAACGGAAACAAAACAGAGCCAUUCUCCUGGGUAACGAAGAUGAAGACGACGACGAAGAAAUACUUGAUCCCCUAACAGGCAAGUUUAGACGAAAGGGUGACAUUGACCAAGAAGAAAAUGUUGCUGAGGAUGUCGAGAUAGAUGACAAUAGUCAACAAUCUAAGCCAGAGGAUGAUUUGCCUAAUGAAGAUUUCGAAGAGUUAUUGAAAGGAACGUCUAAUGGUGAAACCAGCAGACAGAAGAAUUUCAAAAAAUUUAAAUCUAACUCAUUAGCCGCUUUAAAACAAGAAAUUUCUUUACACAAGAAAUUGAGGGAUGUUGACACUAAUCGAAAUUUCGAAAUCUUGAUACAGGAUGAUAACUCAUGCUUAAUUCGCUUCAACGCUUUCACCUACCAGUUGGAUAAUAUACAAGAAACGUUUUCCGUUUGGAAAUGUCAUCUUUCACCACAAUACGCUUGUCGUGGAAAAAUACAUCUCAACAACAGUUUGAUGGAAGUAUCUGUUGGUGGAGUUAAUCAUUGUCAUGUGGCUUCCGUUCGAGACAUGUUCAUUGCGCAUACAGAUCAAGAAGAAGGAAAGAUAUCAGAUAAGGACCGGGAAGCUAGUUGGCAGUACACGUUUUAUAAACUACCGAAAAGUGUGUUCCUUCUGCGCUUAGAUGACGGUUACUUUUACAGCUGUCAAACGAUUUCGAAUAGUGGUGUCAGCUGUUGGCGAUGUGCACAACGACAAAGUUUAAACUGUAAAGCAAUAGCGACAAUGGAGGGAGACUUCCUUUCUUUGGCCAGGAAUCGAUUCGCUCACAGUCACGAAAAACCUGUUGGCGAUUCAACAAAUGAUGGAAAAAAUGUACCUUUUGACAUUAGUCAGGAACUUGUUAGUACGAAAAGUGCCGAGUUGAAAAAGAUUCAAGGAGAUAGGAAAAAACAAAAGCGACAGACGGUUUAGAAUGAUCGUCAUAAUAUAAUUUUUCAAAUAAUUAUAUUAUCAAAUAAAUAGGCUAGUUGAUCAGUUAUGCUAGAUCGCGUUUCCUUAACAAUGUGAGAUAGAGAGCCUCAAAUUUACUCAAUUUUUUCUUUAAUCAAACAAAUAAACAUCACUGGGAUACAAAAGAAAAAAA